GGCGGUACGUGAGCGGCGCGCAGCUGCACGGCUUCCGACACUACCAGUACAGUGCUGUGGAUACAAAUCCUUUAUCUGUGUAUAUUAUGCAGCCCAUCUGGAAUAAAAUUAUUAAGAUAGUGCCUUUGUGGAUUGCUCCCAACCUGUUAACAUUCUCUGGAUUUGUCAUGAUUUUAUUUAAUUAUUUUCUAAUAUCUUUUUAUGACUGGGACUACACUGCCUCAGGUACCAGUCCUGGACGUGUUCCCACCUGGGUGUGGCUGUUCAGUGCUUUUACCACCUUUUGUGCUUAUGCUUUAGACUCCAUAGAUGGGAAACAUGCUCGAAGGACUCAGUCCAGUACUCCUCUGGGAGAACUAUUUGACCAUGGGCUGGAUAGCUGGGCUACCUCCAUCUUUGUGCUUUCUUUUUUUUCUGUCUGCUCCCGUGACAAUGGGAAGACUGGAGUUUCUGUAUAUACAAUGUAUAUAUAUUUAAGCAUUGUCUUGUUUAACUUCAUGUGCUCACACUGGGAGAAGUAUAACACAGGAGUUCUUUUUCUUCCUUGGGGAUAUGAUAUAAGCCAAGUGGUGUUAAUAGCAGCAUAUCUGCUCACUGGUACUGUUGGUGUGGAGGUCUGGCAGAAGCCUUUGCUGUUUGGUUAUUACAUUACAGAUGUAUUAGUUAUCCUGCUUAUAGGCUUCAGUUUGUUUCUAUCAUUUCCACAAACACUGUACAACAUUCACAGAGCACAUUUAAAGAAAACACUGAAGAAUGAUUCUCUGUAUGAAGGACUGCUACCUCUUGUGUCACCUCUGUUGCUGUUCGUUCUUCUUACAGUCUGGGUGGUUUUAUCUCCAAGCAACAUAUUAGCAAAGCAACCCAGACUGUUUUUAUGGAUGGUUGGGGUUGCUUUCUCAAAUGUUAUUUGCAAGGUGAUCGUGUGCCAGAUGAGCAGCACGCGGCCGGAGCCGCUGCACUGGUUCCUGCUGCCGCUGGCGCUGCUGGUGUGCGCGGCCGUCUCGGGCCUGCUGGGCCCCGCCGAGGAGGCGGCGCUGGGCAUCCUCAGCGCCCUGCUCACCGCUGCCCACCUGCACUACGGGCUCUGCGUGGGUAGGCAGCUGAGUGAGCACUUGAACAUUUACAUCUUUUCCCUGAAGAAACGCGUCCAGGAGUGAACACCUGCACUACGAUCAGACUGUAACACUUGACACGGAGAUUUGCAGCUCUUCUGAUGUGAUAAAUAGUUGGAAUGAAUCUGAUUAAAAUAACCAAAGAAUAGGAUAGUACAGAUAUCUGAACCACUGCGACAAUGAGCUAUGCAGCCAGAUGCUUCAUCUCAGAGGAAGAUGCCUGUCCAGCAGAGAACUUUACCAAAUUCUUCUGUCAGUAUUUAUUCUUUUUACCAAGCUGUGUUACUCAUCUCUCCUCCUUAUCACUUUGUCUUCCUUCUCCUUACCACUGUGUCCAAAGUCCUGGAUAAAUCCAUGCUGGGUUACACAAGAUCUUUGGUGGUUUAUAACCAGCACUGGUUUUGGCCAGCCUAGUCACCAGUGGGACCCCAACAAUGCAAACCCUACCUGUCCGUCCUUCCCACUCAGACAUCUGUGCCUGCUUCAUUUGCCAUAUUUAUUUUCUCACAACUCAUUUCUUCCACACAACCUCCUGAAAGGCUUAUGCACAUUCAGUCUUUUUCUCACCUCAUAUGAAUGUAUGAAGACAAGAGAAUGAGCUCUGGGUACAAAGUUAUGGGUACAGUAAAGUGUUUUUGAAAUGUACUGUUUUUUUCCCCAUUCUCAGCAUUAAGAUGAGUCUCAGCUGACCUGUCAGAAAUCCGGGCUUAAUACAGCAGCAGCUGGCCCUUCUAUUUAUUUUCUAGGCAGUAACAAGCACUUUGUUAAUAUUUCAGUAGCAACAAACAAUAUAGCCUACAAAGGUAAACAGCUGAAAAUAAAUUUGGCCAGCAAACCUUCAAAGAUUUGCAUAUUUCUCUUCAAAACUAGUUUCAGUCCAACAUCAUCUACCAGUGCAAAAUGCUAAACAAGUCAUUAUUUGCCUGUGUGCUUGAAGCAAAUUCUUGUGGUUUUAGAAAAUGUCAUAGGGAAAAGAAACAAGAAAACAUUUUUUUUAAACAUUACAUGUUUGCAUGCAGAUGUAAACUGCUCCCUUCAUCUAUAAUACACGUGGGUUUUCUGUGUGCCUUGGAGGAGGGAGUAAGAAUUUGAGUUUCAUCUCUUUUCAUACGCUGCCCUAGCCAGAGGGCCUCUGUGGCCUUGAAGCACUAAUUAAACAAUCUGUCCACUUCCCCAAGGUAAGCACAGAGGGAUGUGAUUGACAGCCUGGCACAUAUUUUUUACUAUUUAGCCAUCUUACUUGCCAGAAGCCAGGUGGAAGUGCAGUUUUUGAGCUGCUGAGUCUGAAGUCCAUCCUUUUCAGUUCUUAGACUGUUUCUGUGGGUUUAUCAGUAGGCUGAUCAUUCCCCUCUCCCCCCCAGUUAAUUUACCCUUACAUCAGCAGCUCCUAUUAAUAUUUUCACCUGAGCACUGGCAAGUUGUAUGAGCAGCUUCAGCUUAAUCCUGCCUGUUACAGCAGUUGCCCUACCACAACACCAGCAGGGCUGAUUUCUCCAGACAGCCCUUGCCACAGGCACCAGGGGACAAGCCUGCACAUCAGCUUCCCCUCUUCAGAAAGCAGAAAUAUCAGAAUGUUCCUUCAGGUUUGAAAGAAUCCAUGUUCCACCUUCCAAACAAGCACAUUGAGGGUCCCACCCCCCAAAUCAGGUGAGUCACAGUCCAAGCAGCUCCAGGUGUGACUUAGGCAGGGGGGACGGCUCAUGCUGUAAUGCUGAGGCAGAGGUUUUGCCAAGAGCCAGGCAGGGAAGGGAGGAUGCCCUUCAUUCAGCACCGCUGCGGUCCAGCUACAAGAGGCACCUCCCAGCCUUCCUCCCUGAUGCUGUGACAGCCAUGCCCUUUCCCUGUGGGAUGACUGCCCAAGGACUCUGCUGGAGUAAGUCUGAAGGCUCUUUAUCUGAUGAGGUUUGCCAAAAAAGGCAGUACUGAAUGUAUUUGAAGGGGAGUGACGAGCUUGAUGUUGCUGCACGCACCCAGCAAUGUCAAUGUUUGAUGGAGUUAAAGACUACAUCCAAUACCUGAUACACUCCCACAGAAGUCUCACCUGCUUUAUAAAGGCAGGUUCUAUUUCACCUUUCCAUCACAAGUAUUGAGGAAAUUCUGGUGAGAAAAGAAUUGGAAUACAAUGAACAAAAAUAAUUCCAAAUUGAACGUGGUCAUACUGGACAAACUCUGCGUACAGGCUUCCUUUUUCCAUCUGUCUUGCACUUAUUUAGGAAACAGCUGGAAAUAAGGGUCACAGAAUGGAAUGGAGUAUUUUGAAAAAUUCAUUAAAUGAAAUUAUAAAACUUGAACUACCACAACCUGCCUGCACUUGUGCUUUUCUAAAGAGAAACUGAGUAUCACUUUUAAAGGAUAUUAAUCUCUGGCCAGUUUUUUCACCUUCUAUAUGAAAACAUGGCAAAUAUCUUUCCUUUUCCUCUUUAAAGUAAUUUGUCACUACAAUCUGUAUAAAGAGAAAUAUAAAAAGAAAUCGUGUAUUGCACAGUGUAUAUAUUGAAUUAUUAGCUAUGGUAGAUGGCAACUGGUUCAAUGAAUAGGAAGAAAAAUGCUUUUGUUCAUAGGGCUAUACGGUCACAGAUUUAUUUUGCAAAGUCAGGUAUGUAGAUGACCCAACAGUCUAACAAUAAAUUUU